UAAAGUCAUGAAUGUCCCGUUCCCAGAAUCGUAUAGUAAUUCGAUCCAUUGACUAAAUUUGGGAGUGAACUAUUUUUUUCCCUUCGCUCCAGAUUUUUUUUUUACCAUCGUAAGAGGGAAAAGGGAAUAUCAGGGAUUUUUGUGGCACACGUGUUAUCAUUUUGAGGAGUGAUAAUGCAAAAUCCGAACGAAGAUACCGAGUGGAAUGACAUCCUCAGGUCGAAGGGAAUCAUCCCGGAGAAGCCGAAGGAGAAGGAAAUUACGGAGGAUCAGAUUGUUGAUCUCCUGGAGAGCACGAUAGACAAAAAAACUGGGAAAGGAGGCAAUAAUUUAGAAGACAAAGACCUUGACGAACUAGAUGAACUAGAGGACGAGGAGGACGAGCGAGUCCUCGUGGAGUACCGAAAGAAGAGGAUAGCGGAGAUGCAGGCACUGGCCGAUAAAUCAAAAUACGGAGACGUGAGGGAAAUAUCGGCCUCUGAUUACGUCCAAGAAGUCAACAAUGCGGGUGAAGAUAUAUGGGUGAUUCUGCAUCUUUACAAGCCUGGUAUUCCUCUCUGCACGUUAAUCAAUCAGUAUUUAUCGAACCUCGCGAGGAAAUUCCCUGCAACAAAAUUCUUGAAGAGCAUUUCGACGACGUGCAUUCCAAAUUGGCCUGACAAGAAUGUACCGACGUUAUUUAUUUAUCAUAAUGGAAGUAUGGUGAAGCAGAUGAUCGGACCCAUCGAGCUUCGUGGAAUGAAACUCACUGAAGCUGAAUUGGAGUGGAUGCUGGGUCAAGUUGAAGCAGUCCCUACGAAAAUCAAGGAAGACCCCAAGCCAAAAGUCAGGGACGUUCUAUUCUCCAAUCUGAGAGGGGCCAACGAUGUUGAUGACGUUGGUGACAGCAACGACUGGUGACAUGACUCAUUCGAGUGAGAGGUGUUAACCGACUCUGACUGUGGACGUUCGUUUUUCUAACAUGUGGAAUAAAUUUUUUAUUGAAUAAAGUACUCAUGAUUGAUAUGUC